UUUUCUUAGAAAAUGGUUCAUCGAAAAUGAGGGAGGGUUGUAGUUUGUCCUAAACCCUUCCAUCUGGCGAUGAGGCUCGUUCUCCGAAAGAAGCAGUUAUUGGCGCUCGGUGUUGGGGUUCAGGCGCGGCAGUGGUCAUCGUGUUACAGUGAAUCGCGAAAUGUGAAGGUUUCGGUGUGGUGGGAUUUCGAGAACUGCCAGGUGCCGGUGGGGAUGGAUGCCAUGGAUGUGGCCCCAGCAAUCACCAAGGCUGUCAGAGCCCAUGGGAUUAAGGGACCUCUUCGAAUCAAUGCUUUCGGCGAUGUUCUGCAAUUGUCCAGACCCAACCAGCUCGCACUUGCUCACACCGGCAUUCAUUUCACCCAUAUUCCUGGUGGAAAGAACAGCGCCGAUAGGUUUCUUCUUGUUGAUCUUAUGGAUUGGGUUACUCAAAAUCCUCCGCCUGCACAUCUCUUUCUGAUAUCUGGUGAUGGAGACUUUGCAGGAAUGUUACACCGUUUAAGAAUGAGUAAUUACAAUAUAUUGCUUGCUAGAUCGGAGAAUGCUCCUGAAGUUCUAUGCAGUGCAGCAACUAUAAUAUGGCAAUGGUCUUUAUUAUUAAAGGGGGAAUAUCUUUCUGGAAAACAUUUUAACCAUCCUCCUGAUGGUUUACUUGGUUCUUGGUAUGGAAAUUAUAAGGUGGCUCUUGAAAAACCGUUCUCAGCUGAUGAGCAGUCCACAUCUUCACAAAAAGUGGAAAUAUAUGAACAUUCCUUAGAUUUACACAAUGAUCCAAAAGAAGUUGAAAGACAGAUUUGGCAUAUAUUGAGAUCACAUCCAGAAGGUAUGUCAAUUGUAGAUCUUCGUGCAGAAUUGAAGAAACGUAAGGUGUCUUUCAGUAGAAGCUUUUGUGGACAUAAAACAUUUUCUCGCUUACUAUUAUCAAUGCCACAUGUAAAACUCAAGAAUUUACGUGAAGGUAAAUUUCAUGUAUGUCUGGUCCCCACAGAAUCCCCUGGAACUGCUGUAGAAUCAGUAUUAUCUGCUAUUCAGAUUGAUGAGAAGGGAUCUACAGCAACUCCAAAGCUAAAUGGUGAGGAUAAAAAUAAGAUUAGAGAAGCAUAUGAGACACCGUUAACUGCCUCAUCUCAUGAAAGGAGUAUGGAUGAGGAUUCUAAUUCAUUCCAACUGGUCACUUCACAAGUCAAACACAUGGGAGAAUAUGUAGAUGCUAAAUCAUCACUUUCAUUGGUUGAAAGAAGUGCACCUCAGCCUCCAAAUGAGUUGCAGAAAUCUUCUGUGUGUAGUGGGAAGGUUGUAGAUAUGACUACUGAACAACUGUCAAAUAUUCAAUCACAACUCAAGGACAACCAAGUUCCCAAAACUAAGCCAGAUUUCUUAAAAGUCAGUUCUAAAAACUCAUCUGAUGAUGACGUUAUUGGGCCUGAAGAUGCAAGUCAUAAAGUUCAGGUAAAAUACAUGACUUCAAGGAAUCAUUCUGCUGGAAAUAAUCAGAUAGCAGUGGAAGACAUUAGUACUGCAAAUUAUGAGUCUGGAAUUUUUAGUGCAACGAAUGAAUAUGAGAACCCAACUAGAAAGGAGGUUGAUGAAGUUUGUCACAGCCCAUAUUCUUUAACAGUUGAUGACUCUCUGGAUGAUAAAAAACCUGUUGGAAGUGAUGAAACUUAUCAGAAAGGUCCAACAUUCUUUGACAGGAUCAGAAGCUUGUGGCAAUUUUGGAAAGGCAAUGCAAAAUCUGGUGAUUCAAGUGCUCAACAGAACAAGGUGGUUAGUCAUUUUGAGGAUUCUUACUCAUCUGAACAAGACCAGACAGUCCAGAGUGUUGGUGAUUUUGAAGAAUCCAAGUUAUCAGAACUGGAACAGAAUGUCAUUUGUUCUCGAAAACCUGAGUUGUUUUCUAGUGGUUCCUUUUGGAAUGACAUGGAAUCUUUUAUUUUCACGCUCAAAGGAUUAUUUAUUGUUUCCCAGUCAAAAAACAGGGAGGAUAUGGCACAUAAAUUACAAAAGGAUGGACCCCUGGUUUUUAGAUCUCUCACUGAAAAAGAUAUCCUUCAAUUGGUGGAAUCGUUAAUAUCAGAAAAAAAGUGGUUGGAGGAAAGGCCCUCCCUGAUAUUUCCUUUUAGGCUAACUCAACCAAUUCAGAACUCAUUGAUGUGCCAAUCUCAUAGUGCAAAUGACUUGUGUUCUCUCUCUCUGAGCAGAGCAUCACAGUCCAAGAUGGACAAAUCAUCGGAACAUAAUGUGGAGAAACACAAUCAGAGUAUUCCUCAUACUAGAGUUUCUACAACUGCAACUGAGACUACAUAUUCAGAGAGUUUUAGGCAUGAUAUAUUAGAUGAUUGUCAGAAACUUGUGAGUGAGAUAUUGAGCGAACACCCAGAAGGAUAUAAUUUCAGUUCUUUCCCAAGAUUGUUUGUUGAUAGGUAUGGCUAUCAUCUUGAUUUACAGGAGCUUGGUUACUCAAAGUUGGCAUUCUUACUACGGAUAAUGCCGGAAGUUAAAGUAGAGUCCAGUUAUAUUUAUCCUUCUCUUCCUGCUGUUUGUGCAUCUGAAGGAGAAACUUUUAAUCUCAAAACUCAAGUAACCAAUGAUCAUGCAGCCUCGAACUCAGAUAGUGAAUUAUCUGGUUCAGCUUCCCAAGUUAAUAAUAUGGAAUCUCCAUGGGAGGAAUUAGGUCCUGUUUCUGUCAACAAUUACAACCAGAGUAAUCUGGAGUCAAAAUUAAGUCAGAAAGCCAAAGAACUGGAUACAUCAAAGCGUCCUCAUUAUGAACCCAUUGUCUCAGAUUAUGAUUCUUCUGAAUCUGAAGGAGACAGCUCUUAUUUAAAUCACCCAGAAGAGCAAGGAAAGUCAAAAUGUAAUGGACAAGAAAGUUAUCUUUUGCAACGUCAGGAGUUGAUGCAAAGCAACAAGGAAGGAAAUAAUAGUGUUAAGAAGUCAGACAUGGUUGACGUUUCGGGCAUUUUUCUGGCUGAUCUUUUUGAUUCAUCCACCGAGUCAACAGAGGGUACCCUUUCGAAAGAGAAACCAAGAUCUCAUAGGGGUACUCUUUCCAAAGAGAUGCCGAAAUCUCAAAAGAACUAUUCAUUUGUUGCUGACCCUGUCAUGCCGAACAAGGAAAGGAUGAUUCAUGGGAUAUUAGAUGACUUAAAAAAAGAUGAGUCAAAGAUGCAACAAUGAGGAGUUUCUGGUCUCACAAUUCCAUAAAAUUUGGGAUUCUCAUCACUCAACUCAACAGUUAGACUAUGAGACGGUGGGAGUGGGACGAUUCUUUAUAUCAGAGAAUUAUUGCAGUUUUAGCUGGCCAUGGUUUUUUAUAUCAACGAGAUGGUCAGAAUUGUUUUAGUUAUUAUUUGCAUCCGAUGUUGAGUCUUUUAGAUGUAGUCUGAAAUUUCUUGUUUCAUUUUUAAAUUUCAACAUAUAGAAAAUAACUUAUUAUAAUAUUACAAUAUUAAUGAGAAUGCUAUACUACAUAUUUAAAGAA